AAAAAGUUCGAUAUAGUCCGCUUUUUUUUUAAAAAUAAUAUUUCCGGUUGAAAAUGGGCUUCUUAUGGUGCAGAGUGCCGACGGAUAACAGAUAUUAGUUCCAAGAUACCCCCACACCAGUCUGAUGAACUCCCUUCGCAUUUCUUUCUCUAAAACCCCCAUACUUUCUCUUUCUAAAACUCCCAUUACACAAGGUGGGGAUGAAAUAUACGUUGCCUCUAUGCCUCUUAGAGCUCCAAGAGGCCCACCUCAAUUGAUAAUGGCAGCUGCCUACUCUUUGAAUUCAUGGAAUUUGCAGCAUUUCAUGGUGAUCCUUAAACCUGCUUCUCCAUCUUCUCAGCUUAUUGUUUGUGAUUUUCAACCAGAGGAUCCUGAGGAUGUUAAAAUAAGUUUUGCUGCCCUAUCCGGUAGAACGAUCCCAGGAAUUGUUCUAGUUAGGAAGUUGACAAAGCUUCCAAAAUCCGGUUGCUGGUAUGUGGGUUCUUCUGAUGAUCCGUGCAUACACAAAGUCAGAAACUUCAAUAAUUGUUGGGAUACUGAGCUCAAGAUUUGGGAACACGACUGUCGGCAUUAUACUAAUGGCUUGGUUGAAUACCUCACUGGUGAACACAACGUGCUGGGACGUUUGAGAGGACAGGUGGAUGGCUUAGAUAAGGCGGUAACUUCUUAGUGGAGAGGAGGCUGGCUUUCUUUGAGACAGCUGGCAGGCUCGUUAUUGUUGUCGGGACAGGUGGUGCGUCGGUGGAUACUGUAGGAGAUUCUCGAUACAGGUGGCAUGUCGGUGGCUACAGUGCAUAGACAGGUGGCAUGUUGGUGGCUACAGUGGAAGAUUCUUUUUGUCGGUGGUGUCGGCGUAAAAUGAUUAUGGGACAGCUGGCAGCCCUGGUGCUAGUGGAUAAUUAUUGCGGUCAGCUGUUACUCGAACUUAUCUGGAGUCGUCUAGAAUCUUUUGGGGUCUUCUGGAAUCUUCUGGAGUCUUCUGGAAUCUUCUAGCAUAUUAUUAUUGAUAUUACAUAUUUUUAAGCUUUGGACCUCUUAAUGAAGGAGUUCUUCUGGGUAGGUUAUUUCAGCACAGUCUCCUUCUGUUUGGUAAUCUUCAAUGGUAUCGUCAUUUUGAGAAGAAUUUGUAUUUUCUAAUUCUUCUUCAAACAUUUGUAAAAGUUGUUUUUGCAAUUCUUCUUUCAUUGCUUUAGGAUUUUGUUUUUUCA